GCACUCAUUCGUCAUGUAACAAGAGUUCCCAUGUAUCUUCACUACUACUUCCUCUUUCUCUCUGCUUUGAGCUUUCAUAUAUUUUCUCCAGAUAAAUUAUAUGUAACAAGAGCUCAACGAUCCGACAUGGAUGCCAUUGGGGUGACCCUAACCUUUCAAGAGAAUCAUGUAGUAAUGAGUAAUGGCUUGGUCCAAAUCACUCUCUCAAAUCCGGAAGGGCAUAUCACGGGCAUACAGUACAAUGCAAUCGAUAAUUUGCUAGAAGUAAUGAAUGAUGAAAGUAAUCGAGGAUAUUGGGAUGUUGUUUGGAGUCCACCUGAUAGUGUUAAGACUAAAGGAACCUUGGAAAGACUUGGUGGGACAGGUUGUGAAGUUAUAGUUGAAACCGAGGAUCAAGUUGAACUCUCGUUCUCAAGAACAUGGAAUUCUUCCCUUGAAGGCAAAUUAGUCCCUCUUAAAAUCGACAAAAGGUAUAUUUUGCUCCGUGGGUCGUCAGGCUUUUACACCUAUGCAAUUUACGAACAUUUAGAAGAAUGGCCGAGUUUCAAUCUUGAUAAUACAAGAGUUGCUUUCAAGCUUAGAAAAGACAAGUUUCAUUAUAUGGCAAAUUCUGAUGACCGACAAAGGAAAAUGCCUUCACCAGAUGAUCGAUUGCCCGGAAGAGGGGAAGAAUUAGCAUACCCUGAGGCAGUCCUGCUUGUUAAUCCUGUGGAGCCUGAAUUCACAGGAGAGGUGGAUGAUAAAUAUCAAUAUGCCGUUGAGUUAAAGGAUCUUCGAGUCCAUGGAUGGAUAUGUAUGGAUCCUCUGGUGGGGUUCUGGCAAAUUACACCAAGUAACGAGUUCAGAGUAGGUGGUCCCAUCAAACCAGAGUUAAAUUCGCACGUUGGACCAACAACACUCGCCGUUUUAUCAAGUACACACUAUGGUGGAAGUGAAUUGGUGCUAAAAUUUAGUGAGAAAGAGUCAUGGAAGAAAGUCUUUGGCCCGAUUUUUAUAUACCUCAAUACUAUUUCGGAUGGAGAAGACCCUCAUACGCUUUGGGAUGAUGCCAACAACCAGAUGUCCACAGAAGUCAAACAUUGGCCAUAUGACUUUGUCACUUCAAAUGAAUUCCAAUCAGCUCAACAACGGGGUUCUGUUAGUGGUAGAUUACUGGUCCAAGAUAGGUUUAUAAGUAGUGGUGAUUGUAUAUCUGCAAAUGGCGCUUACGUUGGGUUAGCACCACCAGGUGACGUAGGAUCAUGGCAAAGAGAAUGCAAGAAAUACCAAUUCUGGACCGAAACAAAUGAGGAAGGUUAUUUUACUAUAAAGAACGUAAUUAUCGGUGAAUACAAUCUAUAUGGUUGGGUCCCUGGAUUUAUUGGGGACUAUCAUAAUUUUACAAUUAUCAAUAUCACUUCAGGAGUAAAUAUUAAUAUGGGUGAUCUGAUAUACGAGCCCCCAAGAGCUGGUCCAACCUUAUGGGAGAUCGGGUUUCCAGAUCGUUUGGCAGCAGAAUUUUACAUCCCUGAUCCUGACCCAAAAUAUGCCAACAGUUUUCUUCUCAAUAAAUCUAACAGGUUUAGACAGUACGGUUUAUGGGACAGAUAUCAAGAGAUAUAUCCAAACGACGAUUUAGUUUAUACAGUUGGAGAGAGUGAUUAUACGAAAGAUUUCUUCUUUGCCCAUGUUCUCAGGACAAAUGGUAUGAACAAAUAUGACAAGACAACAUGGACACUCAAAUUUAACCUUAACACUGUGAACGAGAGUGAAACAUAUAUACUUAGAUUAGCCCUUGCGUCCGUACAUCAGUCUAAUUUGCAGGUACGUGUUAAUGAUUUAAACACAAGCUCUUUGUUUUCUACUGGGAUAAUCGGUGGAGACAAUGCAAUAGCAAGACAUGGAAUACACGGUAUAUAUUGGUUAUUCAAUAUCGAGAUACCAGGCAUCUGUUUAUACUCUAAUGGAGAAAAUUCAAUCUACUUAACACAAGUACACAAUGAGAGUCGUUUUCAAGGGGUAAUGUACGACUACAUUCGUUUAGAAGCACCUUUGACUUCCAUUAUAAACAAAAUCUCUUAGAAUUGAAACUUAGAACAUACCUUCCAUUGGAUUGCUACAUAGAAAUAGAUUGUAUAAUGUGAAUAUUAUUUGUUGCAUUCAAGAUUUUUAGUUUUUUACUA